GGUUUACUUUGCAAUAUCUGCUUUAGACCUAGCAACGCUAUUCCAAACGAAAGAAUGUGUUCAUUCUGAGAUAUUUGCGUAACGUGGCAACGCUAUUCCAAACAAAAACACAUGUUCCACUUGCAGCAUCGAUGUAGUGUUCCCAACUAAAAGUCACUCCAACAGAAAUUGUCACCAUGCAAGUCGCUCUGUGGCUCAUCAAACUGUCCGGAAACUCGCCAACAUAUUAUAUAAAGUAGCCAUUAAACAGUACUUGAACGAAGAAUGGGAGCAUAUUGAGCAACAUUUAUCAAGCCAAGUGGUGAAACCUUAUUACUGAUUUCUCGUAUUAACAGUACAAUGAAUUUUCGAUAUUCAAAAAAGUCGUUGCUGUUGCCAGUGAUGUUGCGGACAUUGGGUCGUAUAAUUAAAGAACAAAAAAAAUUUAUGUGAUUGCGAGUUCGAUCUGACAUCGUGUCCUACCUUUCUUUUGUGUAAUGGGCAAUAUAUUUUCUAGGCAAGGUUCCGAGAAGAGCGUUCUCGGUAAAAGACGAGCCGAGUCGCAUAACGAUGAAAGCGAAUCGAAAAGAGCACGUUUCCAACCCAAAGAACCAGAUGCCGGCAUCACUGCUUAUGUAAAUCAAUCGCUUCCGGGAUUCCGCGGAAUCAUCAAAAAUAGAAUUGAGGAUUUCUUGGUACACGAAGUUGAUCUUGAUGGACGCGUUGUAACUCUCGAGUCAAUGGAGCCUACGAUUAUCGAAGAAAAGAAACGCAAAAUAGCUGCGGCGACAGAGCUUUUGCACGAAGCCGAAUUUGAUGCAGAAGUAGCAAAGCUGUUCGACGAGGAGUUUGCAAAGCAACUGCGCGAGUUAUUACAGGCCGGAUCAGAAAACAAAGAGUUGUCGGCCUCUGUUCCGUCCACCAAGGAAGCACGGUUUGAUUUCUACAAGCUUGUUGACAGACAUUUGACGAAAGAACGGCCCUUAGCGCUAUGCAAGGAUGGCGUACUUACCAUGCGAUGGGCUGUGGAUGCGGAAGAGCAAGCAAGAGAAGCACCGCCGAACUAUAAAGCUCUGGGUGGCGAGUAUUUGCAAUUUCAUGUGUACAAGUUUGGUAUUGAAAGCGCAAAGGCAAUUAGUAUCAUUGCAAAGUACGGCAAACUCAAGAAUUCACGGAUUGGCACUGCUGGAACCAAGGAUGCACGUGCAAUUACUGUGCAAACGAUGACAGCCCCCAAGGGAAGAGUGCAGCAGAUGAUCCUUGCCAAGGAGCAGCUGGAACAGAAUAAUAUUUAUAUCGGCGACUAUGAUUACGUACCGAAUGGAUUGACGCUAGGUGACUUGAGUGGAAACAGAUUCACAAUUGUCCUGAGGGAUGUGUCUGGUGCCACCGAAGAAAAGAUUGUCGAAUCCAUGGAUUCACUUCGCGAUCAAGGAUUCAUCAACUAUUUCGGUAUGCAACGGUUCGGAACAGGCACGAUCAUGACGCAUGAAAUCGGCCGUGCGAUACUGAAACUUGAUUUUGAAGAGGCUUGUGAUUUGAUUCUCAAGCCCCGUCCUGGAGAGCGAGACGACUUUGCUGAAGCGCGAGAAUUAUGGCAAGAUACCAAGGAUCCAGAGGCAACUUUAGAAAAGUUUCCUGGACGAUUUGGACCUGAGAGAGCCAUUUUGAACGCAUACAAGCGUGCUCCUGAAAACCAUCGAAAGGCAAUUACAUCGCUUCCACGACACAUGUUGAGCAUGUAUAUGCACGCCUACCAAUCUUAUGUAUGGAACCAUGUCGUAUCCGAGCGAGCCAAGCGUUUUGGAUGCGACAAGCCGCUGGUCGGCGAUUUAGUCCUUGUUUCCCCAGCAGAAAACAACAAGGAUAGCAACCGAGCUAGUGUUCUCAACAAUAAUGCAGGUCGUCGCAAUCCCUCUGAGCGAAAGAAACCCAAAGUUUUGAAGGAUGAGGAUUUGGGAUCGUAUACGAUUGAGGAUGUGGUGUACCCUGUGCCAGGGCACAGAUCACAGUACCCCAAGAACGAGAUGGGUGAAUUAUAUCGAGAACUCCUCGAAAAGGACGGUGUAGAGUUCAAUGCUCGUGCAGACAGCAUUAUGAAGGAUUUGGGUGGCGAUUAUCGACCGCUGUUAGCUAAGGCUGGCGAUCUCACAUAUUCAUUUAUACGUUAUGACGAUCCUGAAGCCAAUUUAUGUAACACGGACUUGGAUCGCAUCAACGGCAAGCCUGAACCACAGAGCAUAGAAGGCGCAAAGUAUAUGGCUUUACGGAUGGAUUUCACUCUAAAGACUAGCCAGUAUGCAACAAUGGCGCUACGCGAAGUAUUGCGAGAUGAUACAUCUUCGCGUAGUCAAAAGAGCCUUAAGCACUCUGAAUAAAAGGUUCUAGUUUCAAAACCG